CGAUGGAUAGGUACAGUUCUGCAUUAUCUUUUCCUCUAACAAGUCGGGCUAGUCAUUCAACAUGUUGAAAUACUUUUGUUGCUUAGCUAUUCUUGUUGUAGCCAAGCCGUGGCUAGUUGAUGGUCAAAGUGUCGAGAAGAAAAAUAGUCUUGUGUUUGUCAUAGAUGAUACUGGGUCUAUGAGUGACGACAUAGAUGAAGCUAAGAAACAAGUGGACAAUAUUUUUGAUGCUGCUCUGAAAGAAAAGGAUUCGACGAUCAAAGACUUCGUUAUCGUGACUUUCAAUGAUCCAGAUGUAGCACAUCGGACAACGACUGAGAAUCGCACAGUGUUCAAAAAAGCUUUAGAAGAUAUAACAGUAGACGGUGGUGAUGACUGCCCCGAGAUGGCUUUGACGGGACUUAAACUGGCACUAGAGAAUAGUCGUGAUGGUUCUAUAGUGUAUCUGUUCAGUGAUGCCGACGCCAAAGACCAUGAAAAGUUGGAAACUGUGAAGAAACUAGCAAAAGAAAAAAAUUGCAAGUUAUUCUUCAUGUUGACUGGCACUUGCUUUGAUGGACCCAACGCUCCCGGCCAUCGCGCUUACUUCGACUUAGCUGAAGCCACACACGGUCAAGUUUUCAGUCUCACCAAGAAGGAAGUUGGACAGGCGUUAGGUCAUGCUGUUGAAUCAGUUAGACCAUCAGAAUUUAUUGGUGCUUCCGCAUUCUCAGCAGUAGAAAUGAGUGAUAGAAGCGGGGGCGAUAACGUAGUUAAUUUCAAUGUGGCUGACAACGUGAAAGAAGUUCUAAUUUCCGUAUCCGGUUCUAAGAUCAGCGUUGAUGUGACAGACUCUGCUGGUGGCAAACCCAAGACUGAGGAAACUGCUAAAACUUCUGGUUCUACGAUCAUCAAAGUCCUCGACGUGAAACCAGGAAACUACACGGCUAACGUGUUCAGUGUUGGUGAUACAUCUGUUGUGAUAACUGGCAUCACUAAGAGUGGAGAAUCAUCGAAAAUUGUUUAAGACUUACUGUGAUAAUGAUUAAAAUUAUAAUUUACGUACUUAAUAAAA